UGGGGGAUCCAUAGGAUUUGCCGAGACUUUACUCAGAUGUAUGUAUGUUCACACCUUUGAAUGCAGAAACCCCAGAACCUCUCAGCAUUAAGUCUCUGGGGUGGGGCGGGGGGUCGUUCAGUGACAAUGCCAACAGAGCUCUGAAUUUUUUUCGAAAGUUAUCCAAAAAAUGUCACAUAUAAAUCGUACUUAAAAAAAUAAUCGAGUCUGCUGACAGCCACUUUGGUUUUUCACACAUUUAUAGUGCCGAAUAUUUAACAAUUUUAUGUGGAAUAAUAGUGAUUAUAUAUACGCACGUUAAAAACAAGCUUGUGGUCUCUUAUUAGUCAAUAUUUCAUUGCACGGUUUUCUCCGAACGUUAACAUUUGAAGGUUACUGACACCACUUUAAUUGUAUAAUACUUUUAUCGAAUUGAACCCUUGUGACAAAAAGUUCCGAAUGGUUUUACAAAGUCAUCUUAAAAUCAGAAAAACCUUAAUAAAUCCCUUCUUUGAAGUGUUAGGUAUACAUACAUUCAUCCUGUUGGUUCAUACCAGCAAAGGGUCAUAGUGUCUAUAUAUACAAAUGAAUCACAGUUCCGUGGCUUCGGGAUCUCUUGAAAAAUGCAAAACCACUUGCACAACUUCCACCGAACUGACAUUUUCUGGACACUUACAUGGUCGAGAGUCCUUCUCUGCUGAUAUGUUAUUUGAUCCUUAGUUCUUUCUUGGUCUUUUUAUAGAUUUCAGUAGUCGGAGCGCAAUUUCUGUGGGUUCUCAGGGAGCGAGUAGUGUUUCUCAGUUCUCGGAGAAGCGCUGUGGUAAAAAGGCUGUGACCGCGACUUGUGACGACACUUUCAAAACAGUAACUUUUACGAUGUUGGAUGCGCAGGAUGUUCAACUCCAAGGAGAUACAAGAGUGUCCCCAUCUCCCUGUGAGACACCGGUACCCUCCUACGAGAACGAGAAAAAUUUCAAGAAGAAGAACCACUUGAUAUCUCAUUUGCCUUCACACCUUCCUCGUCUGCACAUGUCGAAACGCCUUCCAGGUUUUUCAAAUAACUUCGCCGCUCUGUCAAGAAUCCCGUCGCAGUCAAACAUGACGUCGGGGAAGGAGAUCGACAGAAGCAUCCAGUACCUGAACGUCCGCCCCAUUUGGUUCACUCAUUACGUCAUUCAGCACCUCGACAGCCUAGUGCAAGUGAUCAUUCAGCCGGUGGAUGGCGGGUUCAAAGUGACAGAUAACACCCAUCGUUUGCUAUACACGGUCAGGGCAGACUCGGAGGGCAUUUGCUGUGGCAUGGAAGGACCUGAAGUCGUAUUCAAGGCCGUGAACUCCCAAAAGGAGCACGUCCUCACCUUCGUCAAACAUAGCAGCAAUCCGUGUCUUAAUAGGCUUAAGUACGUGUAUGUCAAGCUUCACCCUGACGUGCCCCUAGGAACCAUAGACCAGGAGAGCGAGUUCAAGGCGCUAGUUAAAAACUGCUCAGGGGACGUCCUUUGCACAAUACGCCUCGAGGAUCCUAGGGCUCCCCGCGGUUCUCUUGUCUUGCAGGUGAUACCCAGCAGAAAAUUCCUGGAGUGGGGAAGGAUGGAAGAAUGCGGAGGAUCCCUAAUUGCGACUUUUCCCAAGGAAUCAGAUGCAGUGACCAAGGCCAUUCUCAUCGCCAGUGGCGUCCUUACGCAAUAUGAAACAAUGAAAACUAGGCCUAAGAGUGUGUGAUGUCAUUCAUCAACGGAUUUCAUUAUUUUGCUACAUAAUGCUGAGUUAAAGAUUCUCUGGACUCUUGAGACAUCCGGGGGACAACUAACCAUUAUCAAAAUUUCGCCAGCCAAGGAAUUGGAUCCUGGAGAGGUGAACGGGCACAACAUCUGCUAUAAUCACCAGAGCUCCCGAAGCAGGAUAUAUUUAUAUCAAAAUUGUUGAAGGUUAUGUAUGAUCCAUAAUCCCGUGACCUUAAAGCACUUGGCAGGCUGGUCCUGCACAGUUUUGCUGGUAAUAGUGAAUCUAGCACAUUUUUUAAAUAAUGAUUCUAGAGAAAUUCUGUAGCUCUAAAUAGAGGGUUUCUUAGUACUAUAGUAUUUAAUGGUUUAUAGACCUGAUCACAGAUUUUUUAAACGUUUAACAAGUGGUUUGCAAGCAUCAAAUCGAGAGAAUAUUUACACACAACUUUUAAAAUGUUUUAAAAUCCAGUUUAGAGGUUUAUAAUACCAAGUAUAAAUUUUUUUAUUGACAUUGAAUCCCUCUCCUUCCAGUGUGAAGGGGCGAUUCUUUAUUUUUACACUAUUUUCAUCGUAUAGUUCAGAAGAAACGAAUAGCAAAGAGAUUGCAAAGUGUGUGCCAAUGGAGUCAAAAGAAUUUGGUCUUAAUUCAUCUUGAAUAUGUUGCUGUUACGUACAUUUUGAUGUGGCUUGUUAAUAUAUUAGUAUUUUAGCAUUUUAUACACUGUAAACCGACCUCCUUUGGUGAAAGUUUUAACAAAUUUGCCAUGUAUUCAUGAUCCGUCAAGAGUUUUUUUUUGUCAAAUGUUAACUUAGGAAGGCACUCUAUUAUUGUUUUGUUUUCCAAUUUUAUAUCACAUCAGUGGUGGAGUGUCGUAUCCGCGGUUGCCAGAUUGGGCUACAAGUAGCGAAUUGGGCUACUUUUGAAGGCCCUGUGCUACUAAAUUUUUACUUUCGCUACUUGCAACUUUUUGGACUACUUUUGAAAUGAAUUGGGCUACAUUUGGGCAACUAAUCUAAAAAUUCAAUGAGAGUUUAAUCUUAUAGUAAAUAUGUCAUCUCAGAUAGAUAAUUAGCUGACCAGUCGAAGAUUCAUGGUAUUUAAAGUCAGUGGCGUCUGUUGUUAAGCAUUGAUUGGGCCAGUGUUUGUGAUGGACAGAUUCCAACAUCUGGAUUGCCUUUUUGGACAAAAGCUAUGACUGUCAAGAAUGCUGCUGGAGAACUCAUACUAGUUGAUAUUGCUGAGUUUGUAUUAAAAGUAUAUAGUUUGCCAAUAAGCAAUGCCCUUGUUGAAAGAGCAUUUUCGAGAGUAACUUCUGUGAAGUCUAAAUUGAGAAACAGAAUAGGAUUAGAACUUUUGACAUCAAUUUUGAGAAUCAAAACAUAUCUUGAAGAAAACAGGACUUAUUGCUUUUCAUUCGAGGCCCCGAAUUCUUUGUUGAAAUAUGAUUCUUCUAUAUACAAAACUGAUGCUGCAGUAGAGGCUGAUGAAGAAAAUGACAUUUUUGAUAAUCUGCAACUAAGAAGAGGUGGAGUGGAGGGUUGUACUACUCUGCUUUAUACAGCCUGAAAUUUAUUAACUAGUAUUUUAAAUAUUGGUAAGUAAUUCUGUUAUUACAUUUUUAUCAAAUUUCUGCAACCGUAAUGGCAAUAAGCUAUUGAAAUAAUGUUAUGUCCCAUAGGUAUUGUAAUAUGUUUUUCUUAAUGCAAACCAACCAGUGAAAAGAAAUUGGGCUACUUUUAUUACAACUUCGCUACUUUUAAGGCAGCUUCUCGCUACUUUUAACAAUCCAUAUCUGGCAACCCUGGCCUAUCCAAACUACUGUCGGUCGCACAAAGAGUCUUCAGAGUUCCGUUAUCGUAUUGUGGUUUAUUUUUAACGUGGAUUACGGGGAAAAGCGUUAUUUUGUGGCGUGUCUUUCAUAUUCUUUCAUGCUCUUUUGAAAUUCCAAAGAACUCAUAUUUCCAAAGCCGAGGGUUGAGACAAAGAAGUGAGUGGGAGUAGGUUACCUAGAGUUGAUGGCAGUUAGCUAAGAUUGUUCAUUUAAUUACAUUAUAGUAUGCCAUAAAUAAGUUUAUUCCAACGUUCAUUAUGUAUUAUUUUACAAAAAUAAAAAAUUCUAAGCCCUCAUUUCGCGGUAAAGUAGACUAUGGCAGUUGACGUUUUCUUAUGUUAUUUUACUUACUGAACAAGAAUUUAAAGUAAUAAUUAUUCGGACGACUGUAAUUAACCCCCAGGGGCCAGUACUAAACACGGCGAAAUACAUUACUUUAAAUUCUUGUUCAGAAAGUAAAAUUACGUAGGAAAACGUCAACUGCCAUAGUCUACUUUACCGCGGAAUGAGGGCUUAGAAUUACCUUAAAAGGUAUGAAAUGCACAGUAAUGUAAAAGAGAGGCUAGGUUUAGCUGUAAUUAGACCUUGCCACAAGAGGGGUUCAUAUUUAUUCUGGUGCCAUGUAUAGGCUAGAUAAGGUAGCCUGGAAUGCCAUGCCCUGCCCAAAACAGACCUUACCUACCUAACUUCCCUUAGAGUGGCGUCCCCUGACCUGGCUAGUGGGUGCUUCGCCUCCCUGGAUCCCCAAAGUAACAUCCUAAACAAUGGGCUAAGCUUCAUUUGGGAGGUAGCAUUAGAGCCGGAUCAUGUCAUUUUGCAAACUAUCUGCAUAUUCUUAUAGAAUAUAUCCUGGGGUAGCGUAGGCUAGGCCAGAUUAGGCUUAGUUCAAAGACGUUUAUUAAAUUGGACACAAUUAAGCAGCUUAUUUUAUUACCAUAUUGAAAUUUAUUAUACCUGGGUGUUACAGAGACAUUAUUUACAUUACCAACUUGACUGUCAUUUAGGGUAAGAAAUACCUACUGACCAUUUCAAGCCCUGCGAUGCAUAGGUUUUCUUAAAUAUCUUUUUAAAUAUCAACUGUAUCUUCCUGAAAAUUUGGCACAACAUGUUUUACACCUUCCGCUAAUAUAUGGCAAUAUAAUUAAGUACCCUGAAUUAAUAAUUAAGGCACUUUACUUAGAAAAUGUUCAAUUUCCUCAGUAUUAGUUGUAAAUAUACGAACACCUGUCGUUGGCUUAGUCAAAGAGUUAGGAAAGAAGCCCCGCCCACUCCUCUUCCUUACUCUGUCUGAUACUUAUGAAUGGAAUAGUGCACUACCAUAUGUUUUUUUUUUCUUUUUAAAAUGUACACGAACUACCAUUUAUUACUGAUUACUUUUCAUAAAGCCAUUUGUAUGUUUUUAUUUAUCAUGGAUUUCCAUGAGAAUGGCGUGGUAGUGGCAACUUUAGAUUAGUAUUACAGAUAUAAACAUGGAAGGAAAAAAACAGAUCAUAAUUUAUUUAAAAGUAAGAUUACUAUAUACAUUAUUUUAUUAUACAUAUAUAAUAAAGUAUGUACAAUAUAUACAGAAAUUUUACAGAUUUUGAAGUAAUUUUUUGCAGUAACCUUGAAAACAGCAUAGACAUACAAAAUAAAAAACUGGUGGAUAAAUAUAUAAAAACUUAUUAAUUACAGGACUAUACAUACACACGUAUGAGGAUAUUUCAGCUCACUCCCCAUCACUGUCUAAAAACAGAUCGUCCUCGUCAUCACUGGCGACGUUGACAACGAUUGGAUUUAUGCAAUCCCGGACGUUGUCAGUAAGCCAGUAUUCGUUCUCGAAAGCUUGACUUCGUUGGACAGCUCCUUCCCACAUCUGUUUAGUGACAGCAAGCCUUGCUUCCUCCAAUCUGGCCUUUAGGUCUGCCCUGGUGAAAUGUCGUAACGAUGAACGUACAUAUAGCUUUAUAUGCGCCCAUACCUGCUCGAUGGCAUCGAGUUCAGGAUGGGCGGGUGGAAGCCGGACGACAAUAUAAACACACCUGAACAGCUUGUAACUACUGUCCCUCUAAUUUUCAGCGGGUAUAUUUUCCAGUAUAUAUAUUCUAAAUAAACCAAGAGGUCAAAAUAAUCUCCCAAAAUAAUGAAAAACAAAUAAAGUUUAUUGCAUAAACUAAUUUGGAUACAUAAAACAAUAAUCCAUAAAGUAAUUUAAAAAUGUUAAACACUAUACGUCAUAAUCGUAGUACGGUACACUUUCAUUCAUAAUUUGUUAACAGGGAAAGAAAGAAGUGGGCGGGCCGUCUUUCCUAACGGUGUCCGAAAGUCCCAGUCAAAUGCAAAGAAAAUUGGAAAUGUUCAAGAGUAAAGUGCCAUUAUUAAUAAUUUUAGAUACUUAGUUACAUUGCCAUACAUUAGCGGAAGGUCUAAAACAUGUUGGGCCAAAAUUUCAAGAAGAUACAGUUUAUAUUUAAAAAGAUAUUUAAGAAAACCUAUGCACCGCAGGCCUUGAAAUGGUCAGUAGUACUAAAUUACCCAGGAAAGUGAGCAUUAUUUUUCAGUGUAACAUUGUUUGCUGUAACUCUUAUGUAAUAAGGUUAGAAGUGUUGUUAGAGUCUUAUCACUCCAAAAUGUUUCUGAUGGUGAUGUUCAAGUCAGGGUAUUUUAGAAUUAGUGUAUAAAGUAAUGAAAAAAUAACAAAAUGCAGAUGUAUUUACAUGCUAGCGUAUCUCCCCAUUUCAUUCAUGCUGCUGCUGGCCUUUUUCAUAUGUCUUUCAGUUCAUGCUCUUUACAGUACAGUGUAUCCCCAAGGUAACAAAAAUGCUCCACCUCUUUUAAGACAAGCUCAUCUAUUAAUACAGGGUUCUUAAUUCCCUUAAACUUGUCAAAUGGAUUUUUGGUAUCUUUUCAGUAGUAUCAGUAUCUUACUCCCAAAUUUAGUUUGUAAUCGUAAGCUCCUCUUUUAACCUAUUAUUCAAAACUGAGAUGGCAAUUUUUUUAAACUUAUUUUACGUAUAUUCUUUGCUUCCUAUACAGUCAUCUUAAGCUUUGAUUUUCAUAUGUUGAUUAUCAGUCCUUCUUUCCAUUCCAGUCUUCCUCUUGGUAAACAUUUUCACCACCUCUUCCUCGGACUCUGUUGUUAGUACUAGGUCGUUUGUAUAAAGGAUCCCCUUGAAUUCCUUUUGUGCACUUCUCUGUAGCUUCUUCCUUUAGUAGUGAUAAACUGAAACAGGCUCAGCUCUGAUCCUUGAUGGACACCAAAAUUUAUCAGAGAGUCUUACAGUACAGCUGCCACUGUCUUCACACUAGUUAUAAGGUAUAAAGUCUUUCUGGUACCAUUUAAUUGUUUAUGCUGGUACUCUGACAAAUGAUUUUAAGUUUCACAAAUAUGUGGUAUAAUUUCAUCUUGUUUUUAUAUAUAUUUAAAUCAAGGAUUAUAUGGGGAUCUCUUAAUCCUACAAAAUUGAAAAGAUUAUGCAAAAUUAAUAGACCUAUUGUACUGUAUAUUUUACUGUAUUAGAAUUUUUUAGACCUUGCAAAAAUAAUUCUUAUUGUGUAAUGAAGAGAAGCAUUCUGAUCACAAUAUAGCUGUAUACUAUGCAAGUAAUGUGAUUAAUUGUUAAAGCUAUAAACUAAUUGUGAAUUUCAUAACACUGCUUUUGAAGAUAUUCUUGGAAUAAUGGUGUAUGUAUUAACUGUAUAUAUAUUAUGCAAUAUUAAUCUAAUAUGAUGUACAUAUAAUUGAAAAACAUAGUUAGAAAUUGUAUUGCAAAUUAUAUAAUCACCAUUAUUAUGCAAGAGUUUAGUAUAAACAACGCUGUAAGCUUGAGUUUUUAUGUAAAUAAAUGAUUUUAUACCAUUCUUAAGACAAAACUUUA